CGACCUAACCACCUAACAAGAUGUUGUGAUCUGUAUAAUUCUGUCUAGUCUAGUCCAAAGUGUUCUUAUUUACAUGUUGUUUUCUUAUUAAAAGUGUAAAUUACUUUUUAAAAUUCACAAUGAAACAAAUGUGCACUAUUUAUGUAGACUUUUUAUAGUGACUAACAGACAAGUAAUAACAAUGUCGGCCGAAGUAGAAAUAAUUUGUAGGUUAUGUGGACUUUCUUGUGAACAAUCAAUCAAUAUUUUUGAUAGGCUAGCUUCUGUUAAUAUGUUGCAGUAUAAAAUAAUGCAAUUGUUAGAUAUAGCUGUGGGUAAAAGUGACAAAUUGCCUCAUUCUGUGUGCUUAUCCUGCGUGACCAAACUGGAUAGUUUGUGGUGUUUCAAAAAUACAUGUCAUCAAGUGCAAAUUAAACUCAGGAAAAUGAUAGUUGUUGAUCAAUCAAACCUUCCUGAAUACGAUAGAUUGCAAUCUGAACUUGACAGGGAGCUUUUGAAUUUAGUGAAUUUGAAUCAUAAAACACUCAACUCAUCUAAAAACACUAGUGCUUCAGAUACAUCUAUCUUUCCUAGACUGUCAAUGGAGGGAGGAAAUGUUGUUUACCAACAUCAAACAGUAUCUAAAAUUAUUGAAAGUGCUUCUGUAUCUGUCAAUGUAGAGGAAGAUGUUCAAAUUGGCGACAAAACUGUAUUACAAAGUAACCCAAAUUCGGAUGAUGAAAGUGAGGGAGAUAUUGAGGACAACUUAAUGUCGAUAGUUAGUGAAGGAAGUGCUAAUGUAGAUGUUAACGAAGUUUCUAAAGAUAGUGAACAAAUUAUGUGUAAUGAUUCAAGUAAUGUUUUAGAACAAAAUGACGAGACAAACACUAGAAAUACAGUGCCUAUUGUUAGUGAAGAAGUUGCAAAUGUACAAUCCAGUAUUGUUAAUGACGUUUCUGAAAAUAGUGAACAAAUUAUGUGUGAUGAUUCUAGUAGUGUAUUAGAAAAAGGUGACUCCAACGCUAGGAAUACAAUACCUAUAGUUGGUGAAGAAGAUGCAAAUUCACAUUGCAUUGUUAAUCAGGAUUUUAAUGACGUUUCUGAAGAUACUAGAGAUGAUUCAAGUAGUGUUGAAAAUGACACAAACUCUAGAUAUUCAAUUGAGGGUUCUUCUUUGGAUGCUACAUCUAACGUAGAAAUUGUGCAGUUGUUUAAAGACCAUUAUUACAGGAUGGAGACUAACAGCAACUCUGACCUAUUGUCCAAUAGAAUUCCCUAUCUAACUGUUGAAUCUCAAAUGGGUACCAAACACAUGAUAUACACUGUUUCUCCUGAUGUAUCAAAAUUUGAUAGUGAACAUGAUUACCUGAUUGAUAAAUUGUAUCUUGAAUUGAAGAUGUUUGAUUUGGAGAAUCCUAAUGUUGGUCGAAUACUGACUGAAUGGCUGAAUAAUCUUUUGAAAGGCGAAAUAUCAUUAAUGCCCUACUAUUUCGUCUGGCUAGAUACAAGUAAACUCAAUGUUAGCUUCAGAUGCAUUAUAUGCAAGAAAGUAAUUUCUAUGAAAAAGAGAUUUGUAAUGAAACAUAUAGCAGAUCAUCUACUCUGGAUUUGUCCAGUUUGUGGUAAAUUUUGUAGAACUCAAACGAACUUGAGGAAUCAUUUGCAUCAACAUUCGUCGCCUACUUUGGAAUGUUCAACAUGCGGUAAGAAUCUUGGGAGUGAUAUUGAGAAAUACAAAGUGCACAAGCGUGGUCAUUAUAAGUUCAGAUGUCCGCCUUGUCAGUUUGAGUGUUGUGAUGAAGAAAAGUGGUUGAAGCACUUGGAAAAGGAUAGGAAAAAUAAUGAACUAUGCUCUCCAGAUUGCAGUUUGUUUUAUGAGAGCAUUGACAAAUUUCGAGAUCACGUCCUGGCGCUUGCAACUCUGGGAGGUUAUGUUUGUGGCGCAUGUGGAAUGGCCUAUCAUUGCGAGGAAUAUUUGAAAUUGCAUUUGAAAGUGCAUGGUUUGGAGCAUGGCAGUAAGACUACUUGUGAAGAAAGUUUAGAAAACAAUGACACUAGCUUCAGAAUGAAACUUGAUAGUUUUGCAAACUCUAGCAAUGAGAAACGUUUUGAUACAAUGCAGAAAAUACUUGCCAAUGAAAUCGAUGUGAAGGAAUUUCAAAAUUCUCGUAUAAUGACAGGUGGCAAAGUUACUACUGCAUUUAUCUGCUUCAAAUGUGGUCGAGGCGUAAAGACUGAAAAGAAAUUUAGAAUACAUAUUGAAAACCACAUAUCGAUGACUUGCUAUCAUUGUAAGCGGGAUAUGAGGGAAUUAAUUAAUUUUAAAACUCAUCUAAAGCGGUGCUCUUUCAAGAAAAGAAAGUGUGUCAGUUGUAAAAAUGAAAUCUGGCUGAACACCAGUAAAGAAUACAUUGAGCAUGUAACUCUGCAUCAGAAAAGGAAGAUUUGCAUCUAUUGUCAGGUGAUAAAAAAUCAUCCGCAACAGUUGAGUCGACAUAUUGAAUCUGUACAUGUUUCUGAACCAAAAUCUUGGUUCUGUGACAUUUGCAAUGAAACACUGGUUGUAUCCUACAAACAACUACAACACUUCCGAUUCAGGCAUAUGGCAGAUAAACAUCCCGAAAAAUCGGAUACAUACAUAUGUGAAGUUUGUGGCAAGACUUUUAAAUUGAAAGGUGAAUUAAACAAGCAUAAACUAUUGCAUAAGACUGUUGAUAAGCCCAAUUUUAUCUGUGCCUAUUGCAAUAAAAGUUUUGACAGAAAAGAUCACCUUAUUAGUCACAUUCGUAGACAUAUGAAUGAGAAAAGCUUUGAAUGUGCGAUUUGUAAAAAAUGUUUUAACCGGGCAACUUCCCUACAGAAGCAUCGAAAGGACAUGCAUUCCGUGAAAAAACAUGUGUGUCAUGUGUGUGACAAACGGUUCACAUAUCCUUCAGCUUUGAAUGAUCACAUGAGAAGAGCUCACGAGAAAUGCAGUUUCAGAAAGCCGGGGAUUUCAGCAGACUGCUAACAUGGGGCGUUUGGAGCUUGGAUCCCAGUCUGGAAUAUUUCACCUAGCCACCAACCACGUCUCAAAUGUUCACUGGUUCUGCACGUGUGAAUUCGUUGGGAAUAUCUGGAGGGACAGCUGCAUCAUCAGUGACUGAUGAGGAGAUAUCUUCAUAGUUAUAUGAUCCCAAACAUUCAUCAAAUCCAUAAUAGUAUGUUUAUCAAAUAUUUUUAUUUAAGUAGAUUUUAUCCCGUAUGUCAAUGUGUUGUAUAUUAACAAUAACUAAAAGUAGUUCUAAAAUUAUGGGUUUUCUAUGUGUAUUUUCCAUCCUAUCUGUAUAGCUUAUCAAUGUAUUAACUAUUAUAACUAAAAGUAGUAUUAAUCUCAUGUUUUUUCACUUUUAUAUCUAAUUCUAUCUGUGUAACAAUUCGUUUUAUACUGAUUAAAAUUAGUUUUAUACCAAUAUUUUAA